CAUUGUCACAGGUUUCUGUGUUGUUUGUGUUAGACCGCACUCCGGGUCUUCCUGGGCUUCACUCGUUUCUCCGCAGUGGAACUGCUCGAUUGGUGUUAACUGCCAGUAUGUCUACCGAUCGAACCCCCAAGUAUCGGCAGGAGAUCCAGCAGAUGAUGUUCGUCUCUGGAGAAACUGCCGAGCCAUCCGUGGAUACCACCACUUUAAUUGAAGAGAUUGUCCGCCAGCAGGUCGUUGAAAUUCUCGCGCGAAGCACCGCCCUGGCGACCCGUCGCGGCGUGCGGUCCAUUUCUACUGAUGACUUGAUCUUUCUCAUCCGCCAUGACAAGGCCAAGGUGUCCCGUCUCAAGACCUUCUUGUCCUGGAAGGAUGUCCGCAAGAACGUCAAAGAUUCCGACGACAAGGGCGGCGCUGAUGCCGCGGAUUUUGCCGCCGCCGAUGACCCCAUCGCCGGGGGUGUAGUUGCGGGACCGCAGGAUGUCGCCUCGAAACCGAAGAACAAGCGGGCCCGGGUAGGUCUCGCGUGGGAUGUGAACAGCUUCUACUCGGUUCAGGUUCCCGAGAGAGAAGACGAAGAGGACGAAGAGGAAGAAGAACAGAACUACGCUACGCUCCAGCGCCUGGCUGCCGCGGACGAACGCACCAAGAACAUGACCAAGGAGGAGUAUGUGUUCUGGUCGGAAUGUCGUCAGGCGUCGUUUACGUACCGCAAGAGUAAACGCUUCCGCGAGUGGGCGGGGUUUGGCAUUGUGACCGAGUCCAAGCCGAACGAUGACAUUGUCGACAUUUUAGGAUUCUUGACCUUUGAAAUCGUGCAGACCCUGACCGAGGAGGCCCUCAAGGUCAAAGAGCGAGAGGACCGAGAGAAGAACCGUCGUGGCGGAGCGGAAAACGGCGAGAGCAUCAAGAAACGCAAGCGCGAGACCGGUCUCUUCGAUCCGCCUGAAGAGGGCCGUACGCCUGUGGAGCCGCGACACAUCCGCGAGGCGUAUCGCAAGCUGCAGGCGACCCCGAACAAGAACAUUGCGAUGCUGCUGCAUAAUGGACGGUUGCCGGCGCGGAUGCCUUUACGAUUGAUUUGAUGGUUUGGUACUGGCGUUGUUUGAUACCCCAAUUACGACUACGAUGGAGUAUGGAGUGAUUGAUUGAUAUGGAUAAUUUAUUUGAUUGAUAUAUUUGGGGAUGAACAUGGCGAUGCAUGUAGAUUAAUCCCAGCUAAUAAAGAUGUUCCCCAA